AUUCAAAGCAUUAGGUGGCAUACUGAAUUUUGGUCAUCAAUAAAUAUCCCACAUCUCUUUCUUAUAACAUCCCUCGUACCUUUAAUUUUAUUAUACUCACAAGCAAUACAAUAUAUGGAAACAACAACUGUUUAUGGUGUUCUAGGAUUAGCAACAAUCUUGGUGUUAUGCAUAUGGAGAAUAUUGAACUGGUUAUGGUUCAAACCGAAGAAGAUCGAGAGGUAUCUAAGAGACCAAGGCCUCAAAGGUAGCCCUUAUAAGUUCAUGUAUGGAGACUUGAAAGAGUUCUCACGGAUGAUGGUUGAAGCCAAGUCCAAACCCAUGAGUCUAACUCACGAUAUCGCACCUCGCGUCAUGCCCUUCUAUGUUAAAUCUCUCACCACUUAUGGUAAGAAUUGUUUUACAUGGCUGGGAACAAUACCCGUGGUACACAUAUCAGAACCAACUAUGAUACGAGAGGUAUUGGUUAAUUAUACUAAGUUUCAAAAGCCAAGGGCAGGUAACCCAUUAGUAAAAUUGCUAGUAAAAGGAUUACUCGAUACCGAGGGUGAUCAAUGGGUGAAACAUAGAAAGAUCAUCAAUCCUGCAUUUCAUGUCGAGAAGCUCAAGCAUAUGAUACCGGCCUUUUAUGUAAGUUGUAGCGAGAUGAUUGAGAAAUGGGGAGAAAAAGUCAUGAAAGAAAGCUCAUGUGAGGUGGAUGUGUGGCCCUAUCUUCAGACGUUUUCAGCUGAUGUAAUUUCACGUACAGCAUUUGGAAGUAGUUUUGAGGAAGGGAGAAAAAUAUUUGAACUUCAAAGGGAACAAUCACAUCUAAUUAUGAAGGCUGCUAAUUCAUUUUACAUCCCGGGAUCAAGAUAUUUACCAACAAAAAACAAUAAAAGGAUGAAAGAGAUUGACCGGGAAGUGAAGAGUUCAAUAGAGAACAUUAUCGAUAAACGAGUUGCAGCAAUGAAAGCCGGGGAAGCUAGCAGUGAUGACCUUCUCGGGAUACUUCUAGAUUCUAAUCACAAGGAAAUAAAAGAACAUGGAAGUAGCAAUUUUGGAUUAAGCAUAGUCGAAGUCAUUGAAGAGUGCAAACUUUUUUACUUUGCAGGACAAGAGACAACAGCAAAUACACUUGUUUGGACUAUAAUUUUGUUAAGUCAAUAUACUGAUUGGCAGACACGUGCAAGAGAUGAAGUGUUACAUAUCUUUGGUGAUAAAGAACCGGAUAUUGAUGGCCUCAAUCAUCUAAAAGUUAUCAACAUGAUUUUAAAUGAGGUUCUUAGGUUAUAUCCUCCAGUGGUAUCACUAAGACGAAUGAUACACAAAAAAACCAAAUUAGGUGAGGACUUAACCUUACCGCCAGGAGCCUUCAUCCAAAUAAAUGCAUUAAUUGUACACCAUGAUAAGGAUACAUGGGGCGAAGAUGCAAACGAGUUUAAGCCCGAAAGAUUUUCCGAAGGUAUCUCAAAGGCGAUCAAGGGACAAGCCUCGUAUCUCCCUUUUAGUGGUGGCCCACGUGUAUGCAUUGGACAGAAUUUUGCUAUGUUGGAAGCAAAACUGGCUCUUGCAAUGAUUUUACAACGCUUCUCUUUCGAGUUAUCACCAUCAUACUCACACGCUCCGGCCGCUAUACUCACUCUACAACCCCAAUUCGGUGCCCAUUUGAUAUUAAAGAAACUUUAAGCAAUCUAUUCUUAGUUUUAGUUGAUUUUGUAGUAUAAUAUGAUAUAUAGGGUGUGUUUAAUAUAAGAAACAAAGAAAUUUCUUUGUAACAUUUGUAUUAUUCAUAUAAUUAUGUAAUUUAAUAAUUAAAAAUUACAAUAAUUAUUUAUA